AUGGAUUCCCAUGCGAUGGCCGGCGACGACCGCCGGAGCACCGACCUCAACAAGCACGCUGUGGACAAGCAAUCUCCUCAGCGACCCGCGGGCAGCAAGGCAGCUGGCGCUCCAUGCGUCUACUUGAAGAAAGGCACGUGCGCGGAGGGGAGCAUCCGGCAUGACGCCCACGGCCAUGCGCCACACCUCGCUGCGAACCAUGCUCACUGA